UCAAUUAAAUGAGAAACCCUUACCAGAGGGCUGGGAAAUGCGAUUUACUGUGGAUGGUAUUCCGUAUUUUGUGGAUCACAACAGAAGAACCACUACAUACAUAGAUCCCCGCACGGGCAAGUCUGCUCUAGACAAUGGACCCCAGAUAGCUUAUGUGCGUGACUUCAAGGCAAAGGUCCAUUAUUUCAGAUUCUGGUGUCAGCAACUGGCAAUGCCACAGCACAUAAAGAUUACCGUGAGCAGAAAAACAUUGUUUGAGGAUUCGUUUCAACAGAUAAUGAGCUUCAGCCCUCAGGAUCUACGGAGGCGCCUGUGGGUUAUUUUCCCUGGUGAAGAAGGCUUAGAUUAUGGAGGUGUUGCAAGGGAAUGGUUCUUUCUAUUGUCACAUGAAGUUUUGAACCCAAUGUAUUGCCUGUUUGAAUAUGCAGGGAAAGAUAACUACUGCUUACAGAUAAACCCAGCCUCUUACAUUAACCCAGACCAUCUGAAAUACUUCCGAUUUAUUGGAAGAUUCAUUGCCAUGGCUUUGUUCCAUGGGAAGUUCAUUGACACUGGUUUCUCUCUGCCGUUCUAUAAACGGAUCCUAAACAAGCCAGUAGGACUCAAGGAUUUAGAGUCGGUUGACCCAGAGUUUUACAACUCUCUCAUCUGGGUAAAAGAGAAUGAUAUUGAAGAGUGUGGCUUGGAAAUGUUUUUCUCAGUUGAUAAAGAAAUCCUAGGUGAAAUCAAAAGCCAUGAUUUAAAGCCAAAUGGUAGCAACAUUCUGGUCACAGAAGAAAACAAAGAAGAAUACAUCAGACUAGUAGCAGAGUGGAGACUUUCCCGGGGUGUCGAGGAGCAGACACAGGCUUUCUUUGAAGGCUUCAACGAAAUUCUGCCACAGCAGUAUUUGCAGUAUUUUGAUGCUAAGGAACUGGAGGUGCUUCUGUGUGGAAUGCAAGAAAUCGAUCUGAACGACUGGCAGAGACACACCAUCUACCGGCACUACACCAGGACGAGCAGACAGAUAGUGUGGUUCUGGCAGUUUGUGAAAGAAAUAGAUAAUGAGAAGAGAAUGAGACUCUUGCAGUUCGUUACUGGAACCUGCAGAUUACCAGUGGGAGGAUUUGCUGACCUCAUGGGGAGCAACGGACCCCAAAAAUUUUGUAUUGAAAAAGUUGGAAAGGAGAACUGGUUACCUAGAAGUCAUACCUGUUUCAAUCGCUUAGACCUUCCACCCUAUAAGAAUUAUGAGCAGUUGAAGGAAAAGCUGUUGUUUGCAAUUGAAGAAACAGAAGGAUUUGGGCAAGAAUAGAUAAACUUUGCACCUUGAAGAACGUGAACUCAACGCGAUGUAUGUUCUU